GAUCAGGUUUGGCAUCACAACACACUAGCAUUGUAAACAAUUCUUGUGUACAAUGUUAAUUCUUGAUUUAGGAAGUAAUUUUUGAUAAUUAUAAACAGACGUCUAUUUUCUGUUGGCACGAUUUUAUUUUCAUUUAGACAAUUCUGGAAUAUGUAUGGUAAAAGUUACAAAUAAAAUUUUCCUUGUAAAAUAACAGAAUGCCUACUCACUGUGCGGCUUUUGGUUGUACGAAUUCAUCACGCAAAGAAUCGUGUAAAAAUAAAGGCAUAAGUUUUCACAAAUUUCCAUUAACUGACAAGAUACUUCUUGGUCGAUGGCUUGUAAAUGUUAGAAGAGCCGAUUUUCAGCCCACGCAAUAUUCUUAUAUAUGUUCUGAGCAUUUUACGGAAGAAGACUUCGAAUACCAGCCUUUUACAAAUCGCAGAGGAUUAAAGAAAGGCGUGAUACCUACAAGAUUUUCUUAUAAUUUUCAUAAAUCUGGCCACAGAAAGAAGCAAGGAAUAUCACGUAAAAAUCAAAAACCUGAAAUGCAUGGUGAAGAUUACACGUGUGAACCUGUAUUAAUUGGAAAUGACAUGGAAUCGAAUGAAGUUCAGUGUGCUUUAGUUGAAAUUUCCAUGAAUGAAAAAUUUUACUCCCCUAAGCAACUUGAAGCUUUGGGGAAUGAUUCGGCAGCAUCUACUAGAUUAAAGCAAAAGAGUAGUCAUGCUGUAAGUGAAAGAAUUGCUGCUUUAAAAGAAAGUUUGCAUGCUAAAAUUCUAUUAAGAAGUUUAAAAAAACAAUUACUUAAUGCUGAAAUAAAAGCAACCAAUGCUAAAAGGGAUUAUUAUGAAGCAAAAAAAGCAAUGUCUCAAGUUCCAGAUGUUUUGGAUUCAGAUGACAGUUCAGAAUCUGAAACAGACUCUCCAUUGGAGAAAAUUAAAUCUAAAAUGGAGGAAGAAGAGUUAGCAGCUCAGAUUGAAGAAAAAAUGUUGCAAAAACAGUUAGAAGAAGUACAAAUGCAUGCAGCUAAUUGUGAAAAGGAAUAUUAUGAAACUAAAUAUGAAGCUAAAUCGAGCAUCUCAUCUUUUAGUUGACAAAUUGCAUUGCAUUAAUCUUUAAUCUUGAAUUUUCUAUUUUUUUAUUUAAUAUGCAAAAUUAUCUUUAUUAUAAAUAUUCUGUUAAAUGAAGUUGAUAAAUUAUAUUACUAAUUUAUUAUUUGCAUUGCUUAUUUUUAUUUUUGUAUACACUAUGCAUAAUAUUUUUACUCAUUUGUAUUUACACAUCUGUGCAGAAUUUGACACAAGUUGUUUUUCUUUGUUAUUCAAUUAUUGACUGUAACUCUAUGUAUAAUAUAUAUUAAUUCUACUCAAUCCUGAAACCAACACUAAAUUGUAAAUUUUGUGAUUUUUUUUUUCAUUAAAAAAUCUGAAUACAUUAGAAAAAUUUUGGAAAGGUGUUUCAUUUUUUUUCUAGAAAAGUGCUUUUUUUUUUAUUGAUAACGUUUGGUUGAUAAUAGACUGUAGUAAAUAAAAAGUCAGUGUUUUUUAAAAUUAAAAAAAUUAAUUAAUAUGGUGGAAAGUUUUAAAAAAAUAUUUAUUACUUCCCACAGAUUAUGGUAUGAUUGAGGACAUUAUUUAUCUUGUGUUGAAUUUCUUGUAAGAUUACAUAUUGCUAUUAAUGGUAUUGAGAUGCUUAAUCACCACAAAAAGAUUUCCCUGAACUGAUCAAGUUAGCCAUGAAAUUUCAAAGCUCAAUCCAGGCAAUUUAUUUCUGUGAAAUAACCAUCUUUGUUUCCUCUCACUUUCAAAACUAAGUUAACCUGAGGGCAUGUCAAAAAUACCAUUAUUUUUGAAUAAAUUACAAUCCUGCAUAUAUAUAUAUAUAUAUGCUAUAUUUUUUGUUAAGUUAUAUCUAUUAUAAGUAUUUUUCACCCAUCACCUUCCCUAAAACAUGCAUUCUUAUGAAAUCUGAUGAAUUCUAGUUAUAUUUGUUCUAUAUUCAUUAUUUUAAAGAAUUUCAAUUAAAGAUAUGGUGAAAUUUUUAAAAAUGGUAGUAUUAGACAUAAGUAUGGCAGAACUGCUGUGGUAAUUAUUUAUUUUAUGUCGAAUUUUUUUGAAAUCGAAAAUUUAUAGACUGUAAAUAUUUCCUGAUUUUGCUGUAGAAAAUUGAUUUAUAUCAAUUGUUAAGAAAGGGACAUGUUAGAUACUGUGCUUUAAGUUUAGUCAAAAAGUCCAAUGUAAAAUCUCUUAUUUUGGUUUUUCUGAUAAUUUUAACAGAGCAUAAAUGAUAUUGUUAGCUUCUUAAGUCUCAUUAAGCUCCUCAGUUGAUGGCAGUAUCGAUUAUGAAUGACAGUUUUCAGUAUUGAUUGUGUGCUUUUUAAAAUUUAAAUUUCAUAUGAAAUAAAUAUAUUUAUGCAGUUUAAAUAAAUAUAAUUGCUAGUAUUCAGUUAAGUGACAAAAAAAAAAAAAAAAGAAUUAAUCUUGCUUUGAAAUUCUGUUUCUGUUGCAGAAAAAUUAUAGAUAUCUG